GCUCCCACACCCCUGGAAGGUAUAUAACGCGGCGCAGGCUUGGAGCAGGAAUAGUAAAGGGGAGACAAGCGAGUGAGAAGGAGUAGUGCACGAUGGCGACCAAAAGCUGUGUGGGCUCGGCGUUAAUACUCAGUGCUGUGGUGGUCACUGUGGCUGGACUGUGUCAGGACCACGAAUUCCUGUGCGGCAGAGACAGAUGUUUGCCCAAAAGGUGGAUGUGUGACGGCUACCCGGACUGCAACGAUGGCUCAGACGAGAAGGGCUGUGAAGUAGCGGAGAAGAACGAGGCGGAGUCGAAGGGGUGUCAGUCGCACGAGUUCGCUUGCAACAACACCAACUGCAUCCCCGAGAACUGGAAGUGUGACGGACACGACGACUGCCGGGACGGGUCUGACGAGCUGCCCGCCAUGUGUUCCCAGUGCGCGGACGGGGAGUUCAGGUGUGUGAGAGACAGCCAGUGUGUGUCCGGAGACUACCUCUGUGACGGGAACGAGGACUGCGAGGACGGAUCAGACGAGGCGGACUGCGGCGCCCAGCCCACGCCCACGCCCCUGCCAGGCUACAUGCUGUGUGACAACGGCCGCCGAAUUCCCCACCGCUGGAAGUGUGACGGGACGGACGACUGCAUGGAUAACUCAGACGAAAGGAACUGCGAGGGCGUCAAAGUCACCACGCCGCCCCGCCUGUGUCUGGACAAUGAGGUGCAGUGCGGCCUCAACUGUAUCCUGGAGCGCUGGGUGUGCGACGGGAAGGCGGACUGUGAGGACGGCACCGACGAGAGGGACUGCCCGGCCACCUGCCCCAACGGGAAGUUCAAGUGUGUGUCCGCGGGCUGCGUGCCGGCGGAGAGGCGCUGCGACGGGACCUCCCACUGCAUGGACGGGUCGGACGAGCAGGGAUGCGACUCCCCCGCCCCGCCGCCGCCGCCAGCCAGGGCCAACGACACGUGCGACCCUGAGACUCAGUUCCAGUGCGGCGGCGACAAGUGCAUCCUGAAGCAGCGCAUGUGUGACUCGAUCGUCGACUGCAGCGGCGGCGAGGACGAGCUGGUGUCCCUGUGUGGCAUCGACGAGUGCCGCGAGAAGAACGGCGGCUGCGAGCACCUCUGCGUCAACACUCUGGAGGGCUACUACUGCCAGUGCCGCCCGGGGUACAGGCUCAACAGGAAGUUCAACUGUGAGGACAUCGACGAGUGCGUGGAGGCGCCGGGCUCGUGCUCCCAGAAGUGCAUCAACACCAUCGGCGGCUUCCACUGCUCGUGUCUGCCCGGCUACCGACGUGACCCCGGCAACUACACGCGAUGCAAGGCCGACUCCGGGGACCCUUACCUCAUCUUCUCGCACAGUUACGACAUCCGGAGUCUGCGUCUGAAGGACCGUGAGCUGACCACGCUGGUGAAGGACGCGCGACGAGCCACGGCCUUAGACUUCCAGUACAGCACCAGCCAGAUCAUUUGGUGUGACAACAAGGACAAGAAGAUCAAGAGAGCGCACAUGUCCACCCCCGAGGUCCCCGAGGUGCUGCUGGAGCGUGAUCAGAUGGUGGUGGACGGGCUGGCGGUUGACUGGAUCCACCAAAACAUCUACUACACGGACAUCUCGGCCAACCAGGUCCACAUGAUGUCUUGGGACGGCCGUUGGACCCACACCAUCGUCACCGACAAGCUGGACCUGCCCCGCGCUAUUGCUGUCAACCCCAUCGACGGCUACAUCUAUUGGACCGACUGGGGUAGCGCGCCCAAGAUCGAACGUGCAGAACUUGACGGCAGCGACCGGGCCACCCUCGUGUCUGCGCCCCACGUGCACUGGCCCAACGGCAUCACGGUGGACUACGCCAACAAGAAGCUGUACUGGUGCGACGGCUACCUCAGCAAGAUAAAGAUGUCCAACAUGGAUGGCAGCGGGAUAGAGACCGUCCUGUACUCCUCCGAGGUGCUGCGGCUGCCGUACUCCGUCACCGUGUUCGAGGACCGCAUGUACUGGGUCGACUGGUCCGAGAUCGCCCUCUUCAGCGCCGACAAGUUCAACGGAGACAACAUUGAGCACGUGUCGGCCGGCCACCUGCUUGAGGCGCCGCGCGUGGUGCACGUGUUCCACGAGUACCGCCAACCCGCCGGCGAGAACGUGUGCCGCGGCCACGCCUGCAGCCACUUCUGUGUGCGCAGCUCCCAGGGGCGGCCCCUGUGUGUGUGUCCCGACAGCUUCUGGCUCUCGCCCACCGACGGCAGCACGUGUCUCAACGGCACCGUGGCAAUCAUUACACCAGGCGGCAGCACCGAGAACGAGGUGGUCAUCGGCGGCAGGACGAACCCUCUGGUCCCCUCGGCGGUGUUCGGUCCCCCUGUCAGUGGCGGCGGCCAGGACAAGACGGUGAUCGAGGUGUCGAGUCCGCAGGCCGGCAUGGUGUUGGGCGUCGUCUUGGGCUCCCUGGUGGUGCUUGGGCUGGCUAUUGGGAUGUUCGUGGGCUACGUGAAGAUGCGCCGGAGGGUGAUCAUCCACACUCGCUUCCCGAACCCCGUGUACCGCAAGACCACGGGGCUGGAGGAGGACGGCGGCGGCUACACCAUCGAGCAGGACGGCAUCAUGUUCGUGCAGCAGGACUACGACUACUCCGACGCGCAGAACAAGGUGCUCCUGGACAGUGACGACGAUGCCGUGCUACUAACGCCCAAGAAGUGAGGAGAGAGUGUGGGGGAUUUGAAGUGAACUAAGAAACGCACACAUAUCAGAAGAUGAGGAAGAGGAAGAAGAGGAGGAGGAUUCUCUGCCAUACCAAAGAAGUGCCAUUAGUAAACGCACACAAGAGACCAAAGUCGUGAGUGUUGUGUUAGCUAGAAGCGUGCGUAGAAAUUUCCCUAUAGUGUUCCUUAUUUAUGUCUAGUGAGCCUUGCGUAGCGGUUAGGAGAGCAUGUGAUAGAGGCGUGUGUGGUGUAUAUAUGUACAUAGUAUUUAAGAAAGGAGGAUGAAAUAGUGACUGAGAGCGUGAAAUAACCUCUCGUCACCUUCACCAUUAUCACCUUCAUCGUCAUCAUCAUUGCAGUGUGUAGGAUUAAGACGAAGAUGAACGAGUGACUGAGAGCGUGAACUAACCUCUCGUCACCACCAUCACCACCACCACCACCACCAUCAUCACCCAUCAUUGCAGUGUAUAGGUUUAGAGGAGCGAGCAGUUGACUGCCGCCCGCCAUGAUGUAAGUCAGUAUUAGCUACGACUCGCUGUAAGACUCAAUGAUUGUUCAGAGGCUCAUCACACAUAGUCACAAGCUGUAUCUACCUAAUGACGCUGGCCACGAGGGUGUCGACUGUUAGUGUGCAGGCGUAAUACAGUUUGGCGUUAGUUAGUGUCCAUGUCUUGUAGUGCACAGAGUUAGGUUAGUCCGUGUGUGAACGUUACUGUGCCCAGAUAGCGUCCAAUGCCCCACAGUCUGUAGACGCAGCCAGGCUGCUGGCUGGCUGCUGCGUAAAGCGAGGAAUAGGAAAAGCACCGGAAACGGCAGUGUGAAGCAAACAUGGAACCCUUCUUUCCUGAGUAGGCCUGGCCAGGCAAGGGCCUUUACUAUUCCUAGCCGCCAGCCUCGCAGCUUGGCUGUGUUUACACCGUCCUUACUAGAGUUGCAUAAUAAGGAAUUUGCAACUUUCUGGGUUAUCCUAAAUGUUUAUUGUUUAAUUCCUGUAAUCUUCGGCCUGAAGUAGCACAGAGUAGUAUAGUAUAGUAGUGUAGUAUUGUGAGGGUUGUUCUUAGUCCCUUGUAUAGUCAUGUGUUUGCUGGAGACCAAAGCGGAGAGUGACUCAGUGUUUCUGCCUCGCCACACUGGACACAUAGAGCUCGUGAAGGCUCAAGUGCAUUUAUCUUUCACGAUAACUGUCCCUGUGGUAACCUGCUCCUUGUUGCUGAUAACACCGUGAGCCGAGGUUGUUUAGCGUUGUUUAGAGAGAUUCCCUGUUCGUGCCUUGCCCGAUGUCUACACGUAACUAUUUCAUAUUAUCAGCCACAACGUUCAGUGUAAGAACCGUAUCCUUCCUUGCGUGCCUUCGUCAGUGUUGAAUAUGUCUUGUUAAAGACAAAUAGUUUUUUUCUUCUUAUUUUUACACUAGGUUUACGGAUACUCUCUUUCGUUGGUGCUCUUGCCAAUGUCACAGAUGUAGCGGAAGUGUUCCUUGUCAUUUAUUUAUUACCGCAUGCACACUGAGGCUAACCUUUAGGACUUUUUACGCGGUCUUUUUACCUUAAGUUGUUACUUCUGAUUUACGUUUAUUGGGGGCCACCCUUGUAUUUAUUUUUUGUACUUAGCACUUAAGUCUACUGUACCAACUCUGUGAAUAAGACUUGUAUAUAAGACAGUUUUCAAUGGCAAUACAAUUUAAUACAUGUUGAUUGAUAAUAAAAAUACACAUAAUAA